AUGUGGUUUUUAGAGUUGUUGGGUGCAGAUCUUGAUAUAGGGAGCAAUUCCAAAUUUACUUUCAUAAGUGAUAGGCAAAAGGGAAUACUUCCUGCAAUCACAAGGCUCUUUCCUUGUGCUGAGCACAGAUACUGUCUCAGGCACAUAUAUGAGAAUAUGAAAGUGAGCUUUAAAGGUGAUCUAUACAAGGAGAUGUUGUGGAAGUGCGCUGCUGCAACUACAAUUCCAGAGUUUACACUUGCUAUGGAUGAAUUGAAGGCUUUCAACAAGAAAGCCCACCUGUGGUUGUCUAAGAUUCCACCAUUGCAUUGGACAAGGGCACACUUUUCAGGAAGGGCUGUUUCUGACAUACUUCUUAACAACAUGUGUGAAGUUUACAAUGGUAAGAUUGUGGAAGGCAGGGACAAGCCCAUCAUUUCUGCACUAGAGUACAUAAGGGAGUAUCUUAUGCGAAGGAUUGUGACUGUCUUGAACGUGAUAGAGAAUAGUGAAGGGCUGCUGACACCAAAAGCAACUGAAAUGUUUGAUAAGAUCAAGCAGGAUGCAACUCACUACAUGUUCAGUGGAAUGGAGGGGAUAACUACCAGACAUGCUGUGGCUGCAUUAUGGGAGAAGGCUGCUACUGGUGGAAGGGUGGGUACUCUAGAGAGUUGGGUUCAUCCAGUUUACACCAUGGAUAGGUGGAAAUUGGUGUAUUCAUUCAAGGUUAACCCAAUUAAUGGUCGUACUUUAUGGGCAAAGAUUCAACUUCCGACAACUAUUGUACCUCCAAAGCACCAUACACAAGUCGGAAGACCAAAAAAGUUGAGGAAAAGAUCUGCAAUUGAGCUUGAAGAGUUGACCCAAUCUGGUAGGUUGUCCAAAAAGCAAACUAAGGCCGCAUGCACAAAGUGUAAGAACACCGGACAUAAUUCAAGGACAUGCAAAGGUCAAGCUGAAGCGGGUACUAGUGCAACUGCUGGGAAAUCGGGUAAACGUGCAAAAGUUGUGAAACCUGGGAAGGGUGGAAAUUGA